GCGGGAUACACAACAUUGAAAUCUUAACAGCUUUGUUUAUUUUAAACUUUUGUUGCAAAUUGAUUUCGGAAUUCUUUAAUAUCCCUUUACAAGUUGAAAUAUUAUUUCUAUAUGACAAAUCUUUUAAAACAUGACACCACAUGUUGAAGAAGAAGCUGUAGAUGACACAAAGAGCCUGUAUGAGCAACUUGUGGACAUUUUUGAAUUAUGUACUAUUGAAGCCGAUCUGUCUGGUUUGCAUAAACGUCUUUGCAAUAUUUAUGAUUCUUACAAUGGCCAAGGAUUUGAAGACUUUUUUGAACAUUUUCUAAAAAUCACUCUAAGUGAAAGUAAGAGAAAUACUGAUGUUCGAAAAAUCUUUUCUUUUAUAUCUGAAUUGCUUGUGAAUUUAGACAAUAAAUAUAAAGAUGCAAAAGCAAAAGAAUCAAUGGAAGAAGAAAGUGAUGAUUUAAUGCAUCCUUUAUUGAAGAAUGUUUUCACUCUUUUAGAACAAUGGUCUCGAGCAUCAAGUUAUACCGUAAGAUUCCGAUCCUGCCAAUUUUUGCACACCAUUCUUACUUAUAUUCAAGAUCAUGGAAUUGGAGAGUUGGAUAUGAACACCUAUGAAGCUUUACUGGAAGUUAUUGACGCAAGAAGACUUGAUGUCAGCUGCAAUGUUCGUGUUCAAGCUGUUUCACUUGCAAAAUUCUUUCAAGAUCCUCAUACAAUUAAUGACCCAAUUAUUGCUGGUCUUUGUUGGCAAAUGGAGAAUGAUCCAAAUCCACUUGUUCGGAAAACAACUGUGAGUAUAGUUGCAGCUUGUGAAGAAACUAUCAUUCCCAUUACAAAGAGAUUUUUGUAUGAUAAGAAUGCUAAUGUUCGGAAUGCUGCUCUAUUGCACAUAUGCAACAGAAUAAGCCCACGGUCAUUUACUACCAAACAACGAAUCAUGAUCUUAAAGCAAUGCUUCAGUGAUCCUUCUCCUGUGGUUCGCCGCAAUGCUGAACAAAGAUUAAUACCUGUUUGGUUUCGGGCGUAUAAAGACAAAUUAACCAGAUUUUUCAAAGAUCUGCAGGAAGGAAAUGAAAGCUUAGAUAACAUAGUUUUUAUUCCUGAACUUUUGCAAGUACUUUCAAAGUGUGUCAAAAUUGCUCAAAUUGUUGAUGAAAUUGGCUUGGAUGUAGAUAGUUGUCUACCAAAAUCCUCUUUGUCUGGCGAACAAGUAUUUUUGUGGCGUCAUUUUUACCAACUAGCACAUAAAGAUAAUCGGCUUUCAAAGUUUAUUCCUUUACCUGAAGAUUUAAUUGAUUUCAUUUUAAAGUAUUUUUCCAACUCUUCCAUAGAAAAUGAUCAAGCAUAUAGUUUCAAUGAGCUCAUUUUGUUUUUAAUGGACCUUAUUGAUACAAAUGGAGUUGAGAAAUGUGAAAAAGUGUUUCCAGUGCUCCUAGACAUUAUGAAAAACCCUUUUAUUUCAUAUGAAGUAAUGCCAUACAUUGUGCCAUUGUAUUUAAAUUAUGCGCCAAAAGACAGGGAAAUUAUUCAGUGUGAUAUGUUGGAAGUCAUUGAAGAUUUAUUGAAAAUGCUGCAAUUUACUCCUGAUGUUCAGGCAAAAAGUAUUGUACUCAAAUGCUUUGCAAUUGCCUCUCAAGUUCUCAUUGAAGAAAGUGUUAUUACAAACAAAUUUCAGAAUAUCAAAGAUGUGUUGAUCAAUCACUUUUUGAGUUCAGAAGAUUCAGAAAUAAAAAUUCAAGCUAUUACUACCUUGUCACUCUACUGCCAAAUGGAUCUUAUAGAAGCAAAACUGUCAUGGCCUCUAUUUGCUGAGGCUGUUAACAUUGGCUCUUCUCCUCUGAAAAACACACUUCUAAAAGGAGCUUUUGAUAUAUUAAAAUCCCAUGGAUGGCAGAUGUUUGUUAAUCUAACCAGCAAUGGAGAAGAAUUUUUUAAUGAAGCUUUAAACAACCUGCUAUUGCAUUUAGAGGAUGAUGAAAAAGAGAGAAAUAUCCUGGUACAAGGUGUUCUAAAAUUGUUUUUGGUUCAUCACACCUUUUCUCCAAUAAUUUUGUCACAGUUGAUAGCGUUACUUUUCCAUCCAGAUGAAUAUCAUUCAUUGAGAAAAGAUUUGGAAGAAUUUUUCCUGCUUUAUGGAGAAACUAAGGAAGAAGCAGAAUGUUUAUCAAAAGCAUUUUUGGCUGUUAUUAAUAUUUUGUUUGAUGCUAAGGAAAACAGCCCAUUUUACAAAGUUAGUAUCAAAAAAGUUGCCCUACAGUUGAUUGAAUAUUCAAAUGGAUUUGGAAAUUCAAAGAAUUUCACAUUGAAGGACAACUUCCGAGAUUUACUUGCAUUGAAACUUACAAAAAAGUUUUUGAAAAGGCCUUGGCGACUACCAGCAUCAGAUCUUUAUGCUGUUUGUAGUGGAAACCUCCCCAAAGAUUAUGAUAAAUUGUUGCAGUUAAAAGAACGAAUUAACUUAAUUAUUGAGAGUUUUCACUCUGCUGUUUUUCAACGAAAGAAUCCUUGCCCCAAAAGAACUGUAAAACAAUUUUCAAGUUAUUUGAAGAAAAUUCAAGUUGCUUUGGAUACAGCCCCACAAAUACAAUUGGAUACUAUCCCUUCUCCAAUUGAAAAAAGAUUGUUUACUGAUUCAUAUGUUGAUUCAGAUUCUCAAAAAGAAAUCAAUACUAAUUCAUCUUAUUCAUCAGACCAAAGUGAGGCCCUUUCAUUAACAGAAACGUCAUCAGAAAAAAUCUCAACGAGUUCUUCACAGUGCGAUAAUCAUCUAUCAGACAAAAGCCUCCAAGCAGAUGAAACUUCCUUAAUGAUAGAUGAAGUUGCAAGGGCAAACAUUUCAGAAACUUGUUUUUCUACAGGGGCUCCAAUGAGAGAAGCUUCACUGUCAAAAGAAAUUUCUACUAAAAAUAAACUUCCACUAUCUGCUAAAACACCGUCAAAAAAUAAUCCAUUCCCAUCUAAAGACAAGAAUCCUCUAGCAACAAAAACUCCAGCUAAAGGCAGGAAUCCUUUGCCAUCUAAAACUCCUGGAAAAGGUAAAACUCCACUACCGAUAAAAACUACUGAAGUUGAGAAUCCACUACCAUGCAAAACUCCUUUAUCAAAGAAACUUUCAAAAGUAAAAGAAACACCUCUGCCUUCUAAAACACCAAAAGGUAAAACUCCAGCAAAAGGAAAAACACCCUUACAAAUCAAGACAUUUGUAGAUGAAAGUGAUUAAAAUAUGAAAAAAAAAUGUUUUUGGGGGAAAAAAGGGCUUGAAGUAACAAAUUAAUCCUUCAUGGAAAUGCUUUUAUUAUAAACAGCUCAGUUUUAUUUUAAGAUCCAGUCUCCUUGAAAGGCUGGUAUUGCAUGUAAAUUUGCUUUACUUUAUGCAUUAAAAAUAUUUCACUAUGUUUUAAGUAAGCUUUAAUUCCUUCUAGGAAGAAAGAAAUGUUUGCUAUUAAUCAACUGGGUUGAUUCGAUUAUAAGCUGGAAGAAAAUAUUUUACAAUCAUUUUUUUAAAUAAAUAUCUUGCACUGAUUAAUUGAAAAUGCAAUUAAAUUGCUAAGAGAUGUUGAAAGGCAUAAAGUCUAUCAGGAAAGUAUAACCAAACUCAGUGCAGUAAUUUUUCUACAAACUCUACUAAAUUCUUUUUUUUUUUUUUUAACAAGAAAUUUAUUUUAUAAAGGGUUUCAAUGAAAUCUGCUUUGAUUCAUAAAAUUUUAUUUUAUUGCUUUGACUGUAAUAAAUGACUAAUUGCAAUUUAACAAAUCAAUAUUUAUUGUGCUAAUCUUGCAGCUUGUAUUUUUGCAGUGCAGAAAAUGUGUUGUAUUACGUCUGCUUACUUAAUUUGAUUAUUCAUAAAAAUUUUAAAAUAUUAAUUUUUAUAAUUGUUCUUAUAUGUAUGUAGACAAAUUCAAUUUAAUAAAAACUGUAAAUACAGCUUAAUUUUUAAUGUUUUUUUUUAAUUAUUACAAUUUAAUGUUGCCUCAAUAACUUUUUUCCUUUAUAUACAUUUUUUUGAAGAUGGCUGGAAGGAAUGAUUUUGUAUAAAAUUUUGAUUGUCAUUGAUGCUACUAGACUCAAACCUUUGUUUCAGAACUAUUUGAAAAGAUUUUGUAAUAUAGUAGACAGGAAUGGAGUUAUUUAAUUAAGCAAAAAAGUUUGAGUCAAGAAACGA